AUGUACAGGUUCAUUUUGAUGAUGGAUAAACAAGCAACUGCUAAAUCAUCUACCCUUUUCAUCUCGGAUGCUGUUAAAGGACAUAGGAAGAAGAGGGAUGGAACAUUACAAGUUGCAAAAUGGAAUGCUUCUUUAGCAUCUAAAAUCAAAACUAAAUUAAUAAAUAACUCAUCUAUGUUUAAAGUAUCUUUAAAACAAAAUAAUAGAGCAUUAGCUGUGGCUUUGAGUGUGGAGAAAGAAAAUUCUCGAAAGCUGAAGAAUGAGAAGAUUUUUCUUCAGAAGGAAGUAGAAAAGUUGCAGCUUCAUAAUAUCUUGCUUCGUCGAAAACUAAGCUGUUUGAAUAAAACUCUUAUAGAAAUAGAAGCAUUUUUGAAUUAUAACCUCUUAACUGCAAUAGAAAUAAGCAGUCUUUCUGAGAAUCGUCAGAGUUCUCUUCCUCUGUCAGCGGGUCCAAGUAGCCCUACUGAUGACCAGUUCAAGAGUACAUGUCAGUCUGCUGGAUCUGUAGAAUUGCCAGUGAAGCUUCCUUUAAUUGCAACAGCUAAUACAAAACAGCAAGAUAGUCCCUCUGUGUGUGAAAUACCAAAUUCUUAUAAAAGUACUGCUAUUUUGUCAAAGGAAAGGCAUUCAGAUCAAGUCAAGUUUGCACUACCAUUGCCUUCUGGUAAAAAUAAUCAAAAGUUAAUUGAAAUACAGCCAGUGGAAACAACUGUUGACAAAAAUAUAUUUUUAAAAGAAAAUAAAUUAUGCACAGAACUAACUUGCAAUAGUGCCUUCCUGACUCAUGUCAGAAAUACACAAUCUUUAAGACGGUCUGAGGAGCUUACAAAACAAUAUAAUGAUAGUUUAUUGCCAUUGUGUGGAAAUGUGACCGAAAGAAAGAAACAUACGGUACUUCAUAAGUCACAAACUCAACCUAAUAUAAAGGAUUGUGAUGAAAAAUGUAGCUUGAAUAAUCUGCCUCAUCACGGUAUCAACAGCGGUAGCACCACCAAUGACAUGAAUUUGUGGGAAAGUUCAAGUGACUUGUCUUGCAUUAUUCCUUCACCUAAGUUUAGCAAUGAAAGUAAGAUGGAUUUUAAGAAGCUGCUUUUUACUGACAAGAGGAAGCCUGAAGAAACUGUUUAUGGUGCUGAUAUGGAGUUGACUGCCAGUGAUGCAGGUGAACUACUCACAGUUACUGCAAAAGACAAAGAUAAAUUACACCGAAAUAAAAAUAGUAAUGCCAAUUCUGAUAAAAUAUUAGGAAAUUUCAGAAAAGUAAAAUAUUCUAAGAAGGAUAAAGAGAAAAUUAAAAGCAAGACUGAAAUCAGUUCAAAUUUGUGUGCAGAAGAAUGGCACACUAGGCCUGACAAUAGUGAAUUUUCGAAAACUACUGACUCACAAACUCAACUAUUCCAAAGUCAGACAGAACAGCUACCUACAGGGGACUCUAUAGGGAAACAGAGUUUGCCAAAUACCGAUAAAGAUUAUCAAGCACAAAAGUUUCCAAGUAAAACUGAAGAUACUAGGAGGACAUACCAGGUUAACUUAGUGAGUCCAAGAAAACAGGAGACGAAUAAGGAAACUAUCGCAGAAACAUUUGGAAAAAUGGAAAGCAAAAUACAAAAAGCAGACUCAAACUCAUCUAUGAACAAGAUCCCACCAGAAGUUUAUUGCGCUGAAAAUUUACCAUUCCCAGAUAAUACUUCUAAUGUAUCAUCUUUACGGCAGGACUUUCUGCAUACAAAUGAGAAACAUAACAGACCAAAAAUAAACAGGAAAACUUCUCAAAACACUUCUAAAGUGAACACAGCAAAACACUGUAGAGAUGAAAAGAGGCAGUAUGGAGAAAAUAUUUCAAAAAAGUCUCAAACAGAGAUACACCAACAUGACAGCAAGAGAAAACAAGACCAGAAGAAUAUUGUAAAAAGAAAAUACAACAGAAAAAGUAGUUGCAGACAAAGUGGAGAAACUGAAAGCGACAGCACUCGUAAAAUUACUCAGAAAAUAGACCAAAAGGAUAGCCAUUUUUCGCCAGGCAGAUUAAAACGUACAUUGGCAAGGGCUAGUCGGAAAGCACGUAUAAUACCGAAAGAAAGCCUUACACUUUGUAAAAACAAAGAAUUAAAAAAUAAGGAUGCAUUGCAUGCAGAAGCUGUUUGUGGAGAUAAAGUAACUGAAACUCAGCAAACGCAAGUAGCUUUAGUUACUCAUAAUGGUGUAACCGUGAAUACACCACAUGCUGGAAAAGCAGAACAAAAACUGGAUCAUGUUUCUAAAGAGACUUACAUAAAGACUCUGACACCUUGUCAUGGGAGAAAGGCUUUGCAAGAUCUGACAAAUACUAGUACACAAUCUCCUACUUCCUUACCUAAAUCCCUCCAAACUUUAGAAGAAAACUCAGCAGCACCAUCUAAACGACGAAGAGCCACUAUUUGCUAUAAAGAACCCAGUCUAGCCAGCAAAUUAAGGCGUGGGGAUCAGUUUACAGAUACACAAUUUCUGGAUUCCCCAAUCUAUAAAUUGAUUUUUGGAUUUGACAGGAGUCAUACUGAAAUUCGAAUGAGGAAGUCUCAUUUUGAGGAAUUGUAG